UCAACCCAUCUUCCACGGGCGGCGCAGGUGAUCCUCGUUGAGAAACGGAGGUGUGCCCUUUGCUGCUGUCGAAUUGGUAGAAGGAGACGGCCGCUCGCACUUGGACGCUUUUCGAGGAGACUGCCUCUCGCCCUUGCCGGUCGGCAGAGGAGGGCGAAGGAGAGCAACAGUCACAACCAUGGCUGCGCACGGUAGUGGCGAAGCAAGCGACCAAGGUUUGGCUCCGCAAUCAUCCCCGCCGCCGCCGCCGAUAUCAUCCAAUGGCAGUGGUUCUUCCCCUCUGCUCGCAUCAAGCCAUCCAGCAAAUUCUCCUUCCCUGUCCUCCUCGCCUUCCUCUUCAGCGUUCGCAUCAGCAUCAGCAUCUACAGCAACGUCAAAUUCGCCAGGCACUACACAUGGAGGCGGAGGGCCGUCGUCGCACAGGCAUCAGCACUCUCGUUCGAGGUCUGUGAAUCUCAGCCCUACGAUGCGAAGUGGCUCGCUGUUCACGCCUGCAUCUGUUGGCCCUGGCUCUGCGAGCAACGAUGCACAUCACGCUCUGCUCCAGCACCUCGUCCCAGCCAGAGUCGCCUCGCCGCAGAUGAUUCCCCCAGCCAGUGCAUCGCACAGCGGACACGUCCAUCCGCAUGCGCAUUUACAGAUGCUCGAGGCCGGGUGGCGACCCCACUCAGCGGGGAGCAGCGAUGGCAGCGACGGCAGCUCGGCCUCUUCGUCGCCCGAAUCGAGACGAGGAGCAUUCGCAAGGCAUAUGGAGAGAUCCGCGUCAAAUCCCAGCAGCUCACUCAGCGCUAACUCGCCUCGUUCGACCUCGUCUUCCCCUGCAUCAAUGGCAAGAAGGGCGGUUUCGCCGUCAAGGGCCUUCGCGAUGCCUCUGUCGCCCCGACUUCAGGCGUUUGGCGGACAGAGUCAUGGGAGGAAGCUGUCGGGAGGCGCAGAGCCAAUCCCAAGAAUACCCUCGCCGCUACUGUCGCCCAAUGCGAGUGCCAGGACUCUGUCCCUCAAUCCCGACCCGGAGCUGCCCAUCGACACGGUCUGGGUGGCUGACGACCCGCGCCAAUCGCCGGACGGAUCUCACGAAGCGGGCCACGGACGGCACACAUCUGCCUACACGCCAGUACCUCCUUCGCUGAGGGAUGAGUACUCUCCAACACCUGCAUCGGCAAUUUCGGUCCCCGGACCAUCUAGCCCUCGUCGUCGUGGAGGACAGGAGCUGGCUGCCGGCUCGCCCGUCUUCACACGAGACAUGUCGCACUCGCCCGUGCUGCGGCUUCAGCGGACGCCGUCACCUUCAUCAAUGGCGCAUUCGAGGCACGAGAGAAAACGGUCUGGUAGUAGUGGUCUGGCCUCCUCCAGCCCGCGACUAUCGCCAGCCGCUCUGCCGUCAUCGCCCUCUUCGUCGCCUUCUUCACGUCCGGCACUGGCUGUGCCAAAGCCGAUAGCAACAAAGAAGGCGCUUGACUUCCAACAGAGUCAUGCCAGGACACGCUCCGGCUCUUCGCCAUCUCCGACACUUGCGUCCUCUGAUCAAGGAGACAAUCCAUCGUCCUCGACUUUGGGUGAAAGCAGCAGUCCCAUUACAAAAAUUUUCAGCCCGGUUGGACAAGCCUCGACGAGGGUGAACCCGCAGCACGCCCUUGCAGAGGUUUCAGCAGCUUCGAAUUCGGGUGAAAAGAGCUCGGCGUUGCAUGGCGAUGAGAGAAUGGCAGAUGACAGUCACGGCCCAACAGCUCCACAUGCUUCCUCACCCUCUCUUAGAUGGGUUGACUCUAGCGCGCCGUCGACCUCUCCUACAAAUUACCACCCGGGGUCAUUUGGACCCGAAAGCUUCCUACGAGCACGUAGUCCAGCUUUGAGUCCGAGAGUCUUGGCGGCAGACGGAAUUGGCGGGGCAGAGAGUCCGCCAAAGACUAGGAGCUUCAUCGGCAUGCCGCCGAGGUCGGGCUACGAAUUGAGCGACGAUCCCGAUGACGUUGGGUCAGAAGAUGGCUCCAGCGGUCGAGAGAGCGUAGGCACAAAUGAUGAUCGCGACGAUGAGGACGACGACGAAGAUGAUGAUGAAGAAGAAGAAGAAGAAGAAGGGGAGGGAGGUUCUUCCCGUGUAAACGACGGAGGAUUCGUCGAUGAGCUCGAUGGCGAGGAGGCUGGAGUACCCUCCACCGCCACCGAGGAAGCCAAGGCGGCAAGGCCAGUCGCACCAAGGCGUCCAAGCCUGACCCAUGCGCCCGUCGUGCCUCCUGUGCCUGCAAACGAGGGCUUUCUCGGCUAUUUCAGGAGCAGUGACGACGAGAGCAUGGGCUGGCGAUCCAGUGUCAUUGAGAGGGCAGAGGAGAGAAUACGAGGUGAAGAGUCGUCGGACGACAGUGUCUCCCCCUCGUCUUCGAGCAGUGAUGCGGCGGGGCUGCGACCGUUCCUGACGCUUUCUUCGGGCGUCGUCGACGGACCUUCUCCCUUUGAUGGUCCGAUGCCAACGGCGAAAGAGGCCGAAGGAAUACCUGGCGAGGCAUCGGCUGCCGUCGAAUAUGAGGACGACGAAGAUGGAGAAGGGAGCAUGGAUGCGCAGCCAAGCGAGGAAAGCCUUACGACACUCGAGAGGAUCUUCCUCUUUGCCAAAAGCGACAUGGCCUUUCACCGAGUCCUCGUCGCGCGCUCACUCGCCGAUUGGAUCCUUGAUGUCGAGCUGAGCGACGCAGUCGAAUACGUCAUUCCGCUCCUCAACGGUCUCGCUUGCGAUGAGUUGGAGGUCUGCUCGGCCUUUGUGCCUAACCUGCACAAGGUCAUGUGGUUCUUCUUUCGCAACUGCCCACUGACGGAAACAAGCAACGAGGGCCUAGGCGCUGGGAGGGGCGAGUCGAGGGACACGGAAGGCGACAAUGGCGCACCCGUCAAUGCCGAUCAAGGCAAGGAGUCAGUGCCCGAGGACGAGGUGGAACGUGCAACACGGCCCCGGCUGUCCGUCAGCAUCUUCACGCCCAUGCUCUGUGCCCUUCUCUUGAACUCCAACGCGGAACUGGCCGGGUCAGCCCAAGCGGCCCUUGUUCACUUCUUUGCUCGUCUCCACGGCCUGGCAAUCCUGGGAGAGCCAGGCGAGCAGCAGUCGCAGCAAGUCGGCGAACCUCAACUGACAGAAGCCUUUGAAGAGACAACGGCGCUCGUUAGAGAUGCUGCGGCGCGGGAAGGUCUUCGGGUUCAGUUGGCGCCAUACCAGUUCGGGCCAAAUCAGAGAGAACUCGUCGAGGCGGAGCUCUUGGAUAACGUUGCCUUUGCCAUUGGCAAGCUUCAUGCGAACCCCGAGGGGCCGGAAGAUGACGGCGUGGAGGAUGCGAUGGAGGAGCAAGACAGAAGUCAAAAACAGGAGCAGGAGCAGGAGCGUGAUCACCAUGUUCCCGACGAGAAGCAAAAUCAAGGUCCUGAGCUGCAGAGCCAGACCUCGCAGCAGGAAGAGCAGGAAGACGACGGUCAAUUCGAGCAGAUCGAUUUCAACAUGGACGAGGCAGAGCCCAUAGCCAAUGGCGUCGGUAUCAACGGAAUCGAGAAGAGAGACGAUGACGAUGACGACGAUAUUGUCGACAUGGAAGAGGCCAACGGGAAAAAGGACGAUGAUCUCGACGAUGGCCUUGCAGCCGAGGAAGUCUCCUUCGAUCCCCAUGUGCAGAGUCAGACGAUGGAAGACUGGUCUCAGGACCAGUACGAGGGCUCUUCCCCUGUCCUGAGCGCCUUUGGCAAGUACCACAUCGACGAAGAGGCCGCUGUUGGUCGGAUGGCUUCUGUCAGCUUGCUGGCUGCCUUGAGCACCGACAAGCUCGUCCAGCAAGACGUCCUCGUCGAGCGUAUCGUUCCAGAGAUUGUUCGGCUGCACAGCGACGACGCCUUUUUUGUCCGCAAGGAAGUCGCCAUUGCCAUGGGCGCCCUCGCUCGCUCCGUCGUCGACGCUCAGGUCCUCACAGAUCAGCUUCUGCCCGCUUUCAUGGAGUGCUGCAAAGACAAGAUCUGGCAUGUCCGUCAGGCGGCAUGUCUCUCGCUGCCCAACAUGUACUCUCGUGUCGACGCGGAGACAAGGCGGAUGAAUGUGGUGCCGACGAUGCGAGCUUUCGUGCUGGACGUCUCGCGCAACGUGCGGGCUGCCGCACUGGAGACGAUUGGCGAAGUCAUCUACCUCUUCUACAACGAUCCGCAGGGCGUGCCUGAGCCACUGCUGCGGCACUACCUCGGUGAGCCCUUUGAUGGGCAGGAGGAAGUGGACGAUGACGCCCAAAUGGAGGACGAUAGCUCAUCGAUCGAUCAAGACGCCGAUUCGUGGUCAAAUGGCGGCUUCAUGGCAUCGGACAUGCAAAGGCAGUCACUCUUGACCGACUUUGGUUUUGGCCAUGCCCCCAACGGCGUCACCAAGCGGAAGAAGAACGCUCCGCCCUCAACGUGGAGUGCAGAGGGUGGUGCUUAUCGCUCCGAUCCCGAACGAUCCCUUGUCAUGGCUUACAAUUUGCCUGCCGUCCUCCUGACUGUAGGCAAGGAGCAGUGGCCAAGACUGCGCGCCAUUCACCAGGACCUGUGCACGGAUGUGUCGGGCAAGGUGCGACGAAGCCUGGCGGCUUCUUUGCAUGAAGUCGCCAAGAUCGUUGGGCCGCAGGCGGCGAGCCAAGACAUUCUGCCGCUCUUUCGUCGAGCUCUGGUAGAGGACAACGACAUCGAGGUGCGAGCUGCUGCUCUGGAGCAUGCCGAUGUGCUGCUGUCUCACGUCGAUGCCGUCGAUGGCGAGGCCGAGCUGCGCAAGCUGCAUGGAAUGUGGCAGACGACAUUUGCCUCGAGCUGGAGGUUGAGGGAAAAAUUGGUGCAGCUGAUUCCAAGUCUAGCGCCCAAGUUUCUCCUUUCCGACGACGAAGGCACCUUGGUCCAUCUGAUGCGCGAUGCUAUCGUCGACGUCGUCAGCGCCGUCCGCGCUGCGGGCGUCACUUCGGUCCCGACACUUUAUCAAAUCUUUGAAGAGCACGACCAGGUUGUCGCCGAUGGUUUCCUCGGCAUGGUGGCCGACAUUGGCGAGAAUGAGUCGUACCGUGCUCGAGUCGGUUGCCUCAUGGCAAUGCAGGCCCUCUUUCAUCACCGCGUACAGCGCUCGUCGGUCGAGAUGCUCCUCUUGGGUCGCCUGGUUGCGUUGGGACGCGACCCUGUCGUUGACGUUCGAAUCGCUCUGGCCAAGGCUGUUGCCCUCAUGUGUCGGCUCGAGGAGCUCUAUGCCUCGCCGCAAUCGCGCUCUGACGAGCUGAUCGACUUGCUCCGGAGGCUAACGCAUGAUCGAUCGGCAGACGUCCGGAAUAUCAUCCUCGGCGUCCUUGGCCCCGACGAUCCAGCACGAAAGCCAGAUGAGACGAUCACGGCGGAGGUAGAAGAGGAGGCCCCUCGCCGAGAUCUGGUCUUGGGUCCUGCUGACGGUGGCCCCCACCGUCCUCCACGAGACGAGAGCACCUUGACCAAUGGCGACUCGAUGAUGAUGAUGCUCAUGGAAGGACAGAGCCAGACGGAGCCAUUUGCGAUGGACGAGGACGCCGAUGACGAUCGAGGGCCAGAGAGCCAGGUAUCUUCCUCAAGUCCAGGCGAGGUGGGGCUCAGGAGAUUUUCGGACUUCUAUCAGCACCAGCCGCUGGAGCAAAGUGCCGAAGGCGACUCGAGCAUGUUUGAAGAUGCCGACGACGACGAUGAAGAGGAAGAAGAUGACGACGACGACGACGACGAUGUUGACGAGACCAAGGAUCGGUAUGCAAAAGAUAGUAAUAGCAUCACCCUGCCUUCAGUGGACGAAGUCGACAAGGCGAGCCGAACGCCGUCAUCAUUCGAAGAAGAAGACAUGGACGACGAACCUCAUCAUCUCCUCAGCGUCGGGCCUGACUCGCCAGAACGGGCUUUCCCACAAGUCCAGCUACAGUCUUCGUCUCCGUCUGCAGACUCACAGGAAGCCUCUCUCACUUCGCCAGAACGGCCCUUCAAGCUAGUCGCAAAUGGAUCAGAAGCAGAGCAUAAGUCCGAGGCUGGUGCUACUGCCGAUCCAUUCCUGGCCUUCGUUGUCGACAAGCGGUCGAGCUUCCACGGUGGAAAGCUUGUGCCCCCGCCGACUACAGCUGGAGCAAACACAAAGGCAAGACCGCUCUCGAUCGAUGCCAAGGGCGCCAAUGACAACGCAGCCUUGCACAAGAUCGAGAGCCUCCGGUCUCCAGGCGCUGAAGAGCCACCGCAUGUCCUCUUCGGCUCAAAUGAAUCAACCUCGUCGUCCUCGACACAGCAAAAGCAACCAAAUUUGGAUACAGCUCGGCGGGACAAUCACGAGAAGGACACAAGCUCUUGAGCUAAUCACUGUAUCUUCUUUCUCGUUCAAUCGUUCACAUUGUAUGGCUUUCUCUCCUGUACUCAAAGCAUAAUACAUGAACUGGCACAAUCCGCCUCAUGAAACUCUCCAAUACAGGACCACGAAAGCGUCCUUCUGAGAGAAGCUAUUUACCAGUCUCAUCUCUGACCUCUUUGGAGCUGAAGCUC